AUGCGGUCGUUCGACGAGAGCUUCGAGGCGGAUGACACUGUCUCCCUGAAGCGCUGUCCGAAAAACCCGACAAUCCCCAACGUAAGCCUUACAGACCUGCACAAGACGCCAGGUUCAACAGCGGCCAUGCUGCGCCUGUCAAUAUGGAUCGCCUUCGCAGCUUGGAUAGCGAACUUCGAUAACGGAUACACCGGCACGGUUAUUAUCAUGCCGUCCUAUAAAAAGGCAUUCGGCUCUUGCAGCAACCUCAUGGAACCUAAAACAGGUCUGGUAGUCGAGCAGUGCUUUCUCACUGCUCUCCAGCAGUCCAUGAUCAGCUUGAACUACCUCUUCAUUGGCAUAGGAGGGGGCCUCUCCGGUGUGACAGGCCGAUUCUUCGGCCGUCGCGGCUCUAUACAAAUAGGAUGUGUUCUCGCUAUCAUCGGAGCAGCCGGGAUGCUGGGCACAGGUGGCCGUGGAGCUGGCAGCUUCGUGCACUACAUGGUCUGUCGGUGUAUAAGCGCUGCCGGAAUCGGGCUCCUGGUCGCAUCAGCUGUUACAUAUGGAGCUGAGUGCAUCGUGGCGCAGAAGCGAGGAUUCUCGCUGGGUGUCUAUAAUUUAGGGCUGGCAUUGGGAAACGUUGCUUCGUCCGCGGUUUGUGCAGGCUCAGCACGACUUGAACCGGGGAAUAACUGGCAGUGGAAAACACCAAUCUUGUGUCAGAUCCCCUUGGGCUUCAUACUUGGAACCGGCAUCCUCAUGUUCCCCGAGUCUCCGCGUUGGAUCUUGGGCAAUAAUCCUAAUAAAGAAGGAGAAGCUCGGAAGGCGUUCGCGGCCCUGUAUCACAUGGAUCCCUACUCGCCGGCCAUCACGGCCCAGAUUGAGAAUGUGAAGGCCCAUAUCAAAACCGAGCAAGCAACGCUGCGCUCGACCUCGUGGUAUCAGAUCUACCACAAAAGCCAACUACGCCGCACAUUGGCAUCGGCGUUGAUCAUGGUCGGGCUUUCCAUCACCGGGAUUCAGUUCGUGCAGCCCUACGCAACGACCUUCCUCCGAGGAGUCGGGUUGAGUGACCCGUACCUGGUGAAUGUGAUCAUUGGCGUCUGCAUUCUGGGGGGGCUCAUGCCUUGGGCCUUGGAUUUCUGCAUGCUUAUCCUCUCGUCUGUGAGCACCGCCUUAGGCCAGGAUGAAACGUCGAAGAUUGUCAUCGUCGUCCUCUUGGGCAUCUGGGCGUUCAUCUUUGGGGGCACUAUUGCACCCACUGCCGGCCUGGCAUCUGUUGAAAUGCACAGCGUAUCUCUCCGUACCUAUGGACAGGCUAAUACGACUAUAUUUUAUGGCAUUUUUUCUUUUGGCGCCACCUUUUGGACGCCUUAUAUGCUGGACGCGGAUCAUGGGAAUAUGGGGCCUAAUGUUGGCUACUUCUAUGCGGGGGUGACUGUUGUUAUCGCGGUCUUGAUUUUCUUCCUUGUGCCUGAAACUGGCUGUCUUACGUUGGAGCAGAUCGACGAGCUUUGGUCUUCGCGUAUCAAGCCAUGGCAGACGUCGAUGACGGGCAAUCGACAGAUGGUCCGCUCGAGGAGCCAAGAGCUGCAGGAAUGA